ACCUCGAAAUGCUGCCGUUCUGGUCAUUGUGGAAAAGGUAGAAAACAAGGAAGCUGCUGGGUUUUUGAAAAUAAAACGAGGAAUUUAGAAACGCGUGUGGCUUUGCUAUUUAAACUAAAGGACGCGGCAUACCCGGGUACUCCUUGAGCUGCUCCAGGAUUCGUUAACAGUUCUGCUAGGAUGGACGUGUCGCAGGCAGCCCCUCUCCUGCAGAAUACUCAGCAGGCGGGCCUGGGGCACAAGCAGCGCGUGUUCACCGGCGUCGUUACCAACAUGCACGAGUAUUAUGGGGUGGUGGAUGAAGAGGUUCUCUUCCAGCUGAGUGUGGUGAAGGGGCGUGUGCCGCUGGUGGGAGAGAAGGUCCUGGUUAAAGCUAUCUACAACCCCGGGCAGAGCAUGAAGUGGAGCGCACAGAAAGUUCAGGCAGUUAAUAACCAGUCCCUCUUGAAGUCUCUGCCGUCCCUUCUUCCAGCAAUGGGCCAGCCGCAGAAGCAAGGCAUUCUGGGAAACAAACCGCAGCCUCUCCUCCAGGCUCCCAUAAUUCCUCCCUUAAUACCCAGCAUGCAGCAGCCCCCUCAAAAACCCGGACUUCUGCAGACCCCGCCCCACCUCUUUCCCCACCCUCACCCCCAGCACCAUCCCCACCCCCAGCACCAGCACCCCAGGCAGGGCCAGUUCGAUCAGCGUGGAGGGGGGAGGAGACGACACGGAGACGGAGGGAGGCGCGCGGGCCGAUGGGAUGACGGUGGGAGCUGGUGUGGGGACCGCGUGUCUCAGAAGAGGAGGAAGCUGAGGGGGACCCAGGAGGAGCCCUUGAAGAAAGCCAUCAUCCAGCAGCCCCGAUACUGGCCUCUCUUCUCACGCUUCUCUCGAGACAGCUCUGCCUGUGACACUCUGGAAGUGCUGCGUCGAUACCCACAGCUGGCACUGCCCGAUGACUUCUUCGACCUGCGGCUGAGCUGGGUGGAGACCUUCCCAGCCACCCGACCCCUGACCCUGGGCUUCCCCUGCCCCUUCCACAUAGCAGAGCCGAGGGGGGGCCCUGACCCAGCCCAGCCUGCAGACUCGGACCCCUCCUACAGCGCCAAGGUGAUUCUCCUGUCGACCCCAGGACUGGAGGAGAUGUACCAGAAAUGCUGCGCUCUGUCUGAAGAACAGAAGGAGGUUUCUGCAGGACUAGUGCACCCCACCAUGCUCAUCAAGUUCUUGGUUGGGCUGAAGCAGGAGGAGGCAGUGGUUCUGGGGGGAGCCUGGUCCCCUUCUCUGGAUGGGUCCAAACCGGUCAAAGACCCCCAGGUUCUGAUCCGGACCGCUGUGCGCUGCACCAAGGCACAGACCGGGCUGGACUUGAGCAUUUGUUCUCAGUGGUUCAAGUUUGCAGAGGUACGGUAUCUGCGAGCUGGGCUGGUGGAGACCACGGUGUUCUUCCUCCCGGACGUGUGGCACUGUCUGCCCUCUGUGUCAGAGUGGGAGGCCCUGCUGCUGGCACACAAUCCUGGCACAGAGAGCGGCUGCUCCCCAGCAUCGGACCAGGCCGCGGAGGAGAGCACUGCUGUGGACAGCCAGACCCCCAAUCCGCUGGGGGCUCUGCCGGACGAGCCUGCCCUCCUUGUGCACCCCAGAGAAGGGAUGUCCUGCGCCACCCUGCCCCUCCGCUCACUGCUAGAGUACAGGAACAGCCCUGGACACAGCAACUUUGAGGUCUCCCUGAUGGCUGAGCUCUUCAAUGAGAUGCUGCAGAGAGAUUUUGGGCUGCGAAUCUACCAAGCGCUGCACUCCAUCCCAGAGAGAGCAACGGCGCAGCCUGGGAGCCAGGGGGCAGCAGAGAGCCAGGACGUGCACAUGACACCAGUGGAGCCACAGAAGGAUGAAGAGGAGGAGGAGGGAGUGAGGGAGGGGGCGGAGCCUCAGCGAGUGGGGGAGAGCAGGAAGAUGAAGGAGGAGGCGCUGGAGGAGGACAGCCUGCUGCUGCAGGACGAUGACAAAAAUAAUUUCGGAGUCGGCCAAGAGGAGGGGGAGAUGUCUCAUCAUUCAUGUCCCGGCUCCACCAAAGAGACGGACAAGGAGCCCUGCAGCUCGCUGGUGCUGUCCCGGGACGUCCUGCUAGCCUUUGUCUACUUCGAUCACAAUUUCUGCGGCUUCCUUCUGGACAAGGACCUGGAGGAGAUCGUGCUGUCGCUGGGGCUGCACCUCUCCCGGGCACAGGCGACAGAGCUGGUGACGAAAGUGGUGUCCCAGAAUGCCUGUCAGUACCAGGGGCUGGCUGAGCGCUGGGAGGGGGACAUGGAGCCAGGGGACAGAAAGACCCUCACCGCGGACCCCAAACUGCAAGGCAACGUCUCUCUGCUGCCCCCGGUGUCUACGAAGGGCAGCGGCAGGCAGUCUCAGCGGUCAGGGUCCGGGGGCUCGGAGCUGGUCACUCACAACGGCACGGCCGUGCACCUGGGUAAUGUUCUGCUGAAACUGGAGCGAGUCGAGAGCACACGGGUGCACCUAGAGGACAGGAUCCGGAGUCUGGAGGCCAGGCUGGGCGAGGCAGGGCAGCAGGUGUCUGUGGAGGAGGCACAGAGGAAGAGCCUGGCCUCGGGGCUGGAGGCGGCACAGAAGAGCCUGGCCGAGGCUUUGGACAAGUUAAAGGCAGAAGAGAAACGCAGCGCCUCGUACGAGAAGCUGUUGAAGGAAAGCACAGGGAGUAUGGUUUCCGUCAUUGAGAAGAUGCAGUGCAUUGUGAAUAAGACCUGCAGCGCGGUCGAAACAGGGAGCGACACUUCGGACAAGGUGUAAAGACUGGCUAAGGCAGAUCUACAGGGACCCUGCUGUGCUGUGGAGCCCUGCCAGCCAGCCAGCCAGCCAGCCAGCACCAUUCUGAGUCAGUUCACCUCCCCAGCACUGUCCCGGAGACGCACAGCUACCUGCCUCUUGCACUGUGCUGUAUCAACACACACGUGCAAGCGUGCCGCACUGAAUCUCAAGAAGAAUCGCUGGGACCCGUUGAGAAACUGAGACCGCAUAGACUGUGCUGCUGUACGCUUUAUUCUGUCUCCUAGACCACGUGGCACCACUGAAACGAGGAAAUGACAUUUUUUGUACGGUUUUAAAUGUGGCUGUUCGGCUGAGCCCCUUUACAGAUUAGUUUUGUUAUUUUAGUUCAGUUUUUUAUUAUUUUUAUUCCCCCCCACUCCCACCCCCCCCAAAUCUGAGCACUCUUGCAGAUUUCUUAACACUUUUUUUCCCCCUGUAAAAUCUUUCACAAAGUGUGUCGCUUUCUGUCUUACUUCAGGGAUGAUAAUAAUAAAAACCCAAGAGCAGGGGGUUAUCUCGUGGCUACUUUCACUAGAAGCUACUGUAAUAAAUAACUUUUACCCAUC